AUGCGGUCUGUAUGAUGAAAUAUUCAGGCCGCCUAGCUUUAGUUGACAUUUCAGAAAAAGGCGGACGAGCAAACUGAGAGGCGAAUCAGCAAUACAGCGAGAAUUAGCCAGCCAAUUAGAGUUGCUCUGAGCGACCUAAUUAACAGAGAGGUAUCCCACCAAGUUUCAUAUCAGUGUGUUGUCCUCGGCUCGCUCGGUUGUCUCUGAACUUUCUCUUCCUUUUUCAGAUGAGCCAGGCUAACAAGAGCUCCACUGCUCCUCGUUCCAAUGGACGACCGGUCAACCUGGACUACCUCCAGGUUAAUUUCUCGCUUUCUAGUGUCUCAUCCUUUCAACUCCGAUUGAAAGCAAGUUUCUAAUUUAUUUCUGAUAUCAGGUGAGCUGGAUCAACCAAAACAACGGAGCUGGAGACCGUGCCGCCCGCAGGCCGCCUGCCAAUCCGUACCUUCCGGUAAGAAAAAGGGCAGAGGACUGCCUCUGAACUUCGAAGUACAUUAUUUUGGGCUUCUCGAGUGUGAAAAACAAAGAAGAGGCAGAGGCGAACGGUAUUAGCCUUGAGCAUAGCGCUGCGAUCAACUCGCAAUUGUCGGAUGCCCAAAAACAGCCUCUUGGUAAACUCAGGCGUUUGACGUCUGUAUGGCAAAACGGCUAAAAUAUCAGAGAACUGAUGACUCUCCCUACUUUUGGAAUGUUUAGAGUGGAAGAAACAACCCAGUUAAUCAAAUGUUAAUUAUUGGAUACUUUCUGCAAGAUACCAUACCUGUAUCUCAGAAGUUUUGAAAAAUUUUCUGAACUUUCUCGGAAUCUUCCAAAACUUAAAGCAAAUCAAUAAGCGAUAGUUCUCGCAAGCCCUUUCCGGAAGCCGGAAUGCGCUUUCCCCAUUUCCCUAAGAAAUCAAAGGUCAUAACCCAUUCGAACCUGAACCUCUUAAGAAAAUCCCGAAGGCUAAUCUGGGACCAUUGUACUCGACACCGCGGGUCUUGCCGCAAUCCUUAAUCACCUCCAUUUGUUCGCGUUGAGAUUUUUGUUAUCCGUAUCAUAGCAACCAAAACAAGGUAACCGGCGGCAUCGUUUUCCAAGCAAAACAAGCCGUUCGUAUUGUUUUGUAUUCGUUACCGGUCGCUUUUUAUUUCAAAGAACCGCCCAUCUCCUUCUUCAGAUCCAUUAUUAGCUGCUCUGCAAAUUGGUUCCUUAUUUUUGAAAUUUUUAAAAAAAUUAAAAAAAUGAGUUUUUUUGAAGUUUGGCUUGCCUUAGAUUUGGUUCAUAUAUCAUACAAUGAAUAAGGAUCAAUCUCAUAAAAAAAUCUUUUUUUCGCAAGCAAAAAGAAAUUUCACAAUCACUUAAAAGCUUUUUUUGAGCGUUUUUUUCUUCAAUUAGGGUUCAAUCAAAAUUUCAUGGUACUGAAAAAAACAAUGAAACUUGAUUCAAUCACGCCUAAAAAGAGUAAUUUUUCCUUCAGGGAAAAAGUCCUUCAUCAAUAUAUUAAAGCAAUUUUUUUGCAUCAGAAUGAUUUGAAUUGAUUUUGAACAGUUCAUAAGACAGAAAGAAAUUACAUCAUGUCAAUAAAUUUUUCUCAUUCCUAUUUGAAAAUGACUGAAAUCAUUUUUUGCUCUGUGAUUGGAUCAAUGUUUCGGGCCAAAAUUGAUGUUUUAGACGAAAAUAUGCAAUCAAAUUUAAGAAAAAAGUUCUCCUUUUGAUUGUCUUGUGAAUUAUUUAUCAUCAAAAAAUCUACUUUAGGCUCAGGCUUCUCAGAUGGACAACAUCAAAGCGACCACUGAGCAGCUCCGAGUCGAAGCUCAGAUUUCGCGCAAAAAAGUCUCCGAAGUCUCCAAAGAGUCAGUUUUCGAAGUGUUUUGGUCAAAAAAAUUUUUUUUUCAGUUUGAUGGAGUUUUGCGAGAAGAAUAAACAGCAGGAUAUGCUGGUUUCUGGACCGGGAGACCAGCACAACCCGUUCCAGGAAAAGAAGAGCUGCAGCAUGCUCUAA